ACUAAAACCCUAACACACGGCCAGCUCCAGUCUCUUCUUCCUCUUGCUCGCAGAGUUUCCCUCUGCAUCUCUCUCUGCUUCCCCUGUGGCUUCGUCCUCCUCUGUCAGCAAAGGCUUUAAAGUGUCUCGCGAGCUCGCCUAAACGUCCUCCUAAGUUAUUUCGCCUCCUUCUGCGACGUCUCCCUCUUCUACUGUACACAGCUCGGAAGCACCAGCCUCAGUCCGACGACGUCUUCGUCUGAGACUCGGUUAAAAUCAAAAUAAAGACAAAAUGAGGAAGAAAGUAGAUGAGCGAAUCAGGACUCUGAUAGAAAAUGGCGUUAAAAUGCGACAUCGUUCUAUGUUCUUGAUCAUCGGGGACAAGUCCCUUCACCAGGUUGUGAAUCUUCAUUACAUGCUGAGCAAGGCAGUGAUCAAGUCCAGGCCAACUGUCUUGUGGGCUUACAAGGAAAAACUUGAACUUAGCAGUCAUAAGAAAAAACGUGCGAAGCAAAUAAAGAAGUUGACGCAGAGAGGUCUGCUGGAUCCAGAUAGAGUUGAAUCUUUUUCUCUUUUUGUUGAAACUGGGGGAUUGACAUAUUGCUUAUACAAAGAUUCUGAAAGAAUUCUUGGAAAUACUUUCGGAAUGUGCAUAUUACAGGAUUUUGAGGCUUUGACACCAAAUCUCCUUGCAAGAACUAUAGAAACAGUUGAAGGUGGUGGAUUAAUCAUACUUCUACUUCGUUCUCUCUCCUCGCUUACCAGCCUGUACACCAUGGUCAUGGAUGUUCAUGAUAGAUUUCGUACUGAAUCACAUUUUGAAGCUGCUGGGCGCUUUAAUGAACGCUUCUUAUUAUCACUUGCAUCAAACAAGGCAUGUGUUAUCAUGGACGAUGAGCUAAAUAUUUUACCAAUUUCAUCUCACAUAAGAUCAAUCACCCCCGUCCCCGUGAAGGAGGAUUUGGAGGGGCUUUCAGAAGCUGAACGGGACCUGAAGAAUUUGAAAGAACAACUGAAUGAUGAUUUUCCUGCUGGUCCAUUGAUUAACAAGUGUUGUACGCUGGAUCAGGGAAAAGCUGUCAUUACUUUUCUUGAUGCAAUUCUGGAUAAGACUUUACGCAGCACUGUUGCUUUGCUUGCUGCACGUGGCCGUGGAAAAUCAGCUGCACUUGGUCUAGCAAUUGCUGGUGCUGUUGCUUCUGGGUAUUCUAAUAUUUUUGUAACUGCACCAAGUCCAGAGAAUUUGAAAACCUUGUUUGAAUUUGUAUGCAAGGGUUUUGAUGCUAUUGAAUAUAAGGAACAUCUUGAUUAUGAUAUUGUGAAGAGUGUAAAUCCCGAGUUCAAGAAAGCACCUGUGCGGAUCAAUAUUUACAAGCAUCACAGACAAACAAUUCAGUACAUACAGCCACAUGAACAUGAAAAGCUCUCCCAAGUCGAGUUGCUAGUCGUUGAUGAAGCAGCAGCUAUUCCAUUACCAGUUGUGAAGUCUUUGCUUGGUCCUUAUUUGGUGUUUCUUUCAUCUACCGUCAAUGGCUAUGAAGGUACUGGCCGAUCUUUAUCCCUAAAACUUCUGCAGCAACUGGAACAGCAAAGUCAGAUGGCUGCGAAGGGUGCAGAGGACAGUCUUUCUGGUCGCCUUUUUAAAAAGAUAGAACUUAAUGAAUCUAUUAGAUAUGCUUCUGGUGAUCCGAUAGAAUCCUGGCUUAAUUCUUUACUUUGUCUGGAUGUUACAAAUUCUGUGCCUACUAUCAGCAGAUUACCGCCACCAAGUGAAUGUGAUCUCUAUUAUGUCAAUCGGGAUACACUCUUUUCCUAUCACAAAGAUAGUGAGUUGUUUUUGCAGCGGAUGAUGGCUCUAUAUGUCUCCUCACACUACAAAAAUUCUCCUAAUGAUCUACAAUUAUUGGCUGAUGCUCCGGCUCACCAUUUGUUCGUGUUGCUGGGUCCUGUUGAUGAGUCCAAAAAUCAGCUUCCUGAUAUUUUGUGUGUUAUCCAGGUCUGUUUUGAAGGGCAGAUAUCUCGUAAAUCUGCAAUUAAAAGUUUGAGUGAUGGCCAUCAACCUUUUGGAGACCAAAUACCUUGGAAAUUUUGUGAACAAUUUCGGGAUACAGUUUUUCCCAGUCUUUCAGGUGCUCGCAUUGUACGUAUUGCCACCCAUCCUAGCGCUAUGAGGCUUGGAUAUGGCUCUGCUGCAGUUGAACUUUUGACAAGAAAAUUGAUGAAAGGAGCCCUUUUUGUAGGCCUAAAUAUAUUAAAUAAAUUCAUUAUUCAAGGCGAAAUCAAGCUUACUGGAGUUGCGCGGUCGGAAUCGCGUGAUGAUGGUGAUCAGCGUUGUCUACAGGAUGGAUUUGGAAAGCAGAGGUGUCGGCUGUGGAGUCUUGUUAGGGCUUCAUUACUUGAAGAAAACAUUAAACCUAGGACAGAUCUUCCACAUUUGCUAGUACAUCUUCGUGAGCGGAAGCCUGAGAAGCUGCAUUAUGUUGGUGUCUCCUUUGGGCUAACCCGGGACCUUUUUCGCUUUUGGAGGAAGCAUAAAUUUGCCCCAUUCUAUGUCAGCCAGAUUCCAAGUUCUGUGACUGGUGAACACACAUGUAUGGUACUAAAACCAUUGAACAGUGAUGAAUUUGAAGUCAGUGGAUCUAAUGACUGGGGCUUUUUUGGUCCAUUUUACCAAGAUUUCAGGGUAAAGUUCUCUAGACUCCUGUGUACUAAAUUCAAGAAGAUGGAGUAUAAACUUGCAAUGAGUGUCCUGGAUCCUAAAAUCAACUUCAUGGAGGUAGAAUCUCCAGACUCAUGCACAGAUGGAUGUUUAAGGUCACUCAAUGGUAUUAUAUCGCCAUAUGACAUGGAGCGGCUUAGCGCUUAUACAGACAAUCUUGCUGAUUUUAAUUCGGUAAGAACCCAAGACGAUGAUUGCAAUGACAAAUAUUUACCCAACUAGAUAUUUACAUCUACGCUUAAAUUGGGAAGAAAUCCAUCUUGUAAAAAUGUCUUUAGGAUCCUCAAUCUACUGUUGUCAAAUCUGUGUUGUUGUGCUUGUGUAUGUGGGUUUUCUAUUUUAUUUUGUUUAUCUUGCAUGUGUGUUUUCUCCCCCCUCAGGGGGCUGGGGGGCAGGAAAGCUAAUAUUAUUAGUUUAUUGCUUUCUCUUAUCAGCUUACUGUGUUUUCUCUCUCUGCUCAAUAAAACAUAAGUGAAAGUAUACAUUAAAAAAAAAUGUAAGUGAGUAAUAUUAUGAAAUGGAAGAACUAUCAACACUAUUAAGAGUGUUUGAAUGUGUAUUUUAUUGAACACUACU